AGUCGUUGAGUACCGUACGAAAGGUGUUGAUCUGCGUUAAAAAAAACGUUUUUUUUCGUGGAUCUAGAGGUUUAUAGUGAUGUUAGUGCGUUUAGUGAUGACGUCGCGUCGCUGUUUUUGAGUACGGGGGUUGUUUAAGAGAAACAUGAUGCCUCUGGCACCUACACCGGUGAUUUCCGUACCCUCCAAACCCAAAAUCGGGUUCUCAAUUGACUCUAUCGUGGGAGGACAAACCAGUGCGAGUCCCCAACACUCUCCAGUGCAUUUUUCGGAAAGUUCAGCACCGAUCUCACCCUCCAGCGAUGUGGAGCACAAAAUAAACUCAAGUCCCAAGCAAUACUCACCAACCGUUUCACCGAAACCACCCAUUAUGGUCCCGGGGAUACCCGCGCAUACCCUGAUACGACCUAAUCCAACAUAUGAUCCGAAUUUGGUGGGUAAAAAUGGGUUUUUGCAGCCGGAGUUGAUGCAUAAUCACGGAGGGCAGCAUCCGUUUGCUCUAGCGGCUCAUUUCCAGGGUGCCGCUCUGGCGGCGGCUUUGAGCCAGGGCCAGCACGGGUUCCCGGGACAGCCGGGACAUAUGGCAACGCCGACGCCGCCUAGGGAUAGUUAUCCGUUGUAUCCGUGGCUGUUAUCCAGGCACGGGAGGAUAUUUCCGCAUAGGUUUCCCGGAGAAAAGAAAAGGAAAGAGGAGGAAAUGAGGAUAGUGGAAUGGAAGGAUGGAAUGGAGGACAUGAAUGGAAGGAAGGAAGAAGAUGGAAAUGGAUGA